AUGCGGUUACUUGAUGAGGAUGCCUGUUUAGGCGGCGAAGGUGCCUUCAAGAAGCUGAAGACGGAGAGCCCGGUGAGCACGCCGCACCCAGGCCACACCCCCACCACCGCCUCCUGCCCCACCCCCGCCCGCCGGCGGCACAGGACCACCUUCACCCAGGAACAGCUUGCCGAGCUGGAAGCAGCCUUCGCCAAGUCCCAUUACCCCGACAUCUACUGCCGGGAGGAACUCGCACGAACCACCAAACUAAAUGAAGCCAGGAUACAGCUCUCCCAGCAGAAGGGUGCCUUGGAAGCAGAAGCACCAACGGCGCGCGAGCGAAAGACCCCCGCCCGGCCGCACAAUCGGGCCACCUCCAACCGCCCAGCCACCCUCCCAUCCCCACAAAGGCACUUAGUUAUGAAUCGUUGA